AUGGAUAUUGCCACGGCAGAUCAACCUCCCUCAACCUCUACCCCCGGACCGGAACAUACUUCAGGAGACCCUCGUUUGAGCCGUGUUGCUCAAAGAACAUCCAUCAUCACCUCACACCCUCCUGUUCCUCGACAGGUACCCACACCAGCUGAAACCCCGAGCUCCUCGCGCGCCCUCGAACCCGUUAAACAACAUGUACACCACACACCGAACACGGAUGUCUCAAAUCGGAGCGGUGGGUCCAUUAACCAUCAUGGUUCCACCAUCGAUCAUAGCAAUAUGGUGCCAAUUCUGUUGAAGUUUUCGGAGCUCGCCGCCGUCAUAGCACUCAAGGAAAAAGAGAAGGUACUAUUGCUGGAUGAAGAUGUUUCCAUCAAACGACGCUUGGAGAAGGCCAAAUCGAAAGGCGCGUUUCCUAUCGUGAUUGAAAAUAUUGAGGCCGAGGAAGCAGAAUCUCAGUCGAAAUUACGCAAGCUUCAACAAGACAUAGACGGGAAUGAAAAGAGACGACAAAAAAUGGCCGAGUCUCUUCGUGGCUUUUUGCGCCAAAAGCCCGUUCCUCCUACUCCGGCCCUGAUAUCCGAAGGAGUCUCCAACAACGAGAAAAUUGCGAAAUUAGAAGCCGAGAACCAAGAGAUGAAGGCUGAACUCCAGGAGCUCAAAGAGCUGAUCAUGCAAAGAAAACCUGAAAUUCCUAGCGGCAUGCAGGCCCAACUAUCCAAGCUUGAAAACUCCGUCUAUAGUCAGUCCAUGAGUAAUCAUGGCACCAACAAGAGGAUUAGGAAACUCGAAGAAUGGAAAGACGGAGUGGAGAACGGGUCUAUCAAAACCUCUUCACAUUCACCCGAGACGGUACCGGCUCAGGCUCCCGAUCUGGAACCACUACGGCAAGACGUGGAGAAGGCGAAUGGGAAAGCCGCUGAAGCGCAGGAAAGGGCUGCAGCUAUAGGAGACCGCAUCGCGGUCCUCCACCGAGACAUUCAGUCUCUCCAAACCACCUUUGAUAAAGACCAACUCUUCCGACAAGAACAGAAAAUGAGGAUCGAGUCCGCGGAAUUGUCCCUGCGGCACGUUCCAGGUCUCAAGCAGCGACUGGAAGCCUUGGAGAAGGAGCGCCUCGAGUUCAAGAACGCAGUGCCUCUUGUCAGAGAGGCGAGAGCCAAACUUCAAGACUUGGACACGCGAUAUACAACAUUGGCCGAUAGAUCCAACGGCAGGAUAGCCCAUCUGGAAUCCACGGUUCGACAACUUCAAACGAGCGAGAAGACCUCGCCAAGUGUCGACCAUUCCCAAGACAAAGAGGCACUUGCGGAUGUCAAGCAGAGCGUCGAGAAGGUGGAAAAUAGUCAUCGUUCACUGUGGAAUAAUGUCAACAAGCUCAUCCUUGACAUGCCUCAGCUACUUGAAUCUUCCAAGCAAGUACAGAAGUGCCUUUCUGUGAGUGAAUCGCUGGUAGCUGCUGUUCGAUCUUUGGAACUCCGAUAUUCCAAUAUCAACACCGAACAUCUGGUGAAGAACAUGGCCGCCGCAAUGAUGGAGAUGUAUCCAUCCAUGGCCCAAGCCCUAGAGCAAAUCGCUGCGCUCAGGGGGUAUUGUAACAAGGAGAUUGCUGCGCUCAAGGAAAGCACAAAGAAUGCCGACUCUGCAUCUUUGGAUGCGAAGAUGAGCCAGCUCCGCGAACAAGUCGCCAAUAAGCUACAACAUCUCCAGACCUGUAUUUCGGAUCAAAGCAAGAGUCUCAAUGACCAACUCGAUGAAAUCUGGGAGUUGAAAAACAAAUUCCAAACCCAGUCUGAUGCCUUCUCAGAACUCGGUGAAUCUAUUCCCCAGGCGCUACAACAAGUGGAACGGUGGACCGAGCUUGCGACAAAGCUGGAAGCCUUGUCCGAAGACCUCGCCACGCUGAGAGCCAACGUGGAAGGUCGGGACGUUACAGAGACGGUGACUGGGCUCGCGGAACAACUUGAAACAUUAUCUGGGAAAGUUGAUUCCCUCGGCGUGGGACCAAGUGCUCAAGAGCAGGCUGAAAAAGCCACUGACAUCUCGGGAAAACUCUUCGACUUGACUGCAAAUUACCAACUUCUGGAGGACAGGCUGAAAUCGCAAGAGCUAUCUAAGUGGCAAGAGAUGGAUGAACUCAAAGCUGGCCAUGGAAAUCUUCUCGGAGAGCUCAAGUUGGUUAAAAACAGGUUGGAAAGUCGAGAUGGCUCAAAGAAGGCUACGGAGCUCGCUGAAGAACUCAAAACGCUCUCUUGUGACUUCAAAACUUUACAGACCAAGUUUGACGAAGAGCUAGGAUCACUGAAAGCCCGUGUGGAUAGCUUGGGACCCAGUGAGGAGCUGAGCGAAUUCAAGAGUGAGAUACUUGCUCGGAUUGAGAAAUUUCAGUCGGCGGUUCAGUCAGGCUUAAACUGCAAUCCUGCUGCCGGAGAUGACGCGAUUAACCGAGCAAUUUCCAACCCUUCAAAUAUGUCCGGCUCUGUCGGUGAUCAUUAUCGCAUUCUUGGCAAUGCAGCGCGAAAUCAGACUGAACGUGGGCAUGUCCAAAACAGGUCCUCCAUCUCACAUCCUGCGGCAGAUGAACCGAUAUCGUCUGACUUUGGGUCGUCCAACCAUAACUUCGACAUCAUGCCGAACGUGGACAACUUCAGUGAUGUAUCGGAGUUAGAUUCUGUUUCACACCAUUCCUCGGAAGACGAGCCCGGCAACGCCCCAGGCGUAACGGCUGACUUACCAAUGGGCUUACGGAUCUCGGAGAACGACAAUGGUCAUCACGACAGCCGGUCUGCCAACAAGCGUGCUCGUCAAGGGACUCUUUCGGGCGAUAAGCACCCAGUCCAAUCCGCGACGGUCGAAGUCCCCAUGGCGUAUCGGAUCACUGAGAACGAGACUGGGCCGUCUAGGAAGCGUCCCCGUCAAGGAAGUUUCUCAGAUGAUGGACGUCGGCCUCGACCAGCGGCUCCUAGUCGUUUCGCCAAUAGUACAGGGGCUUCAGCUGACUCCGAGUCGGCAUCAUCGGCGAAGGCUAGAAAAAGCAAGACAAAAAGGAGAGAAAGGAGCAAAGGAGAAAGCAGAGACAAAGUUUCCCGCACUGAUUUUACAUUCUCUUAG